AUGUCACUCUCGGCAACAAGAUUUACGACGUUACAAGCUUCCUGUUCGACCAUCCCGGCGGCCACAAGCUCAUCCUCGACUAUGCUGGCAAGGACAUCAAGGAGAUCUUGGAAGACGGCGUCUCGCACACCCAUUCAGAUGCUGCAUAUGACAUCCUCGACGACUCUCUGGUCGGCUACCUGA